CCUGGCGCCCAGGAGGUGAUGAAGGUGCUGCUGGAUCCACAGCUUCUGUCAGACCCCCUUUUUUUUUCCCAGGCUGCAGUGGCGUUUGAGGACGUGGCCGUCUAUUUCUCCCCCGAGGAGUGGGUAGAGCUGGAGGGAUGGCAGCGGGAGCUGUACCAGGAGGUGAUGAUGGACAAUUAUGAUCUGGUGGCCUGCCUAGGCUCUGUUGGCCCCACGUCCAAGCUCGUCCACAAAAUGGAGCCAGGGGAGGAGUCGCGUGGCGAGGUCCCCCAAGGAGAGCGGGGCAGAGGAAUUCCCGACACCUCUGCUCUCGCUGGCUGGGACAUGACCACUGCAGAGGACCUGUCUGAGGAAGACCAUCAGAGACACUGGGUCCCACGUGCCUCUCCAGAUGGUGGGCCAGAGGGGCUGGCGAUCAAAUACCCCAAGCUCUGUCCUAGCUGGUGUGAGGCAAAGCCUGGGGCCUGGGCAGGAGAUGCUCCCCAGGAGCUCCCAGGGUGGGACCGGAGGGAGCUGCUGUUGGACAUGCUGGAGGCAGGGAGUGAAGGACUCCUCAUCUGCGGCACCUGCGGGAAGAGCUUCGAGGAUGAGGCUACCCUGAGCGUGCACCAGCGUGAGCACCUCCGCCCGGUGCCCUCGUACGAGUGCACAGCCUGCGGGAAGGUCUUCCGCCACCACUGCAACCUCCUGACGCACAAGAAGCACCGAGGCAGAAGCCGCCACGCUUGCACAGAGUGCAGCAGGACCUUCUGCUUGAAAGGGGACCUCCUGCGGCACCGGGCAGGCCACGCGGGCGAGGGUGGCUACGUCUGCCCUCUCUGCGGGGAGAGCUUCCGCCACAAGCGCAACCUGCAGGCGCACAGGAAGGGGCACGCGGAGGACGCGCUCCACAAGUGCCCCGAGUGCGAGAAGCGCUUCCAGGACGAGGCCAGCCUGAGCCGGCACCGAGCCACGCACUGCGAGGAGCGGCCGUUCGUCUGCGGGCGCUGCGACCGCAGCUUCAGCUGGAAGGAGAGCCUGAUGAUCCACCAGCGCAGUCACACCCAGGAGCGCUCCCACAAGUGCCCUGACUGCGGCCGUAGCUUCAGCCGCAGCGGGAACCUCUUGGUGCACCAGCGCGUGCACACAGGCGAGCGUCCCUUCGCCUGCGCCCAGUGUGACAAGACCUUUUGCAACAAGGCCAAUCUCAUCACGCAUAAGAAGCUCCACCGGCGAUUCAAGUCCUUUGCCUGCUCCAAGUGCCGGCUAGGUUUCAGCUCCAAAAGCAAGAUGCUCUUGCACCAGCGGGCGCAUGGAGAGGGGGACAAGGUGACCUACGGGGCAGGGGACAACCCGCCGGACUUCCAGCAGUAGCUGGGGCUGCUUUUGAACAAGGCCGGGGAGUUUGCCUGCACGUGAAGGGGCCCUAAGGGCUGCAGCGGGACAUGAGGGGGGUCUUGUCCUGCUGGCUGCCAGAAGUGACCUUCCCUGGUAUUUGAUGCAUCCUUACAGGGCCUUGGUGCAGUGCAAGUUCAGGACCUCUGAGCCUUGCUCUCCUCAUCACCUUCAGACCUCUAAGAAAUCCCUCCAGGGCAUUCUCCCGUUUACCUCAUCCCCCCACACUUGCCCUGCCCCAUGCAUGCCCAGGAGGCAGUGUUCUCCCAGGAGCUCUCAAAGAGUUGUCCAGGGUUGUCUUGUUGUCAUUGUUUAUAUUUAAAGCCAGAAGAGAUUUA